GAGAGAGAAAAUUAAGAAAAAGAGGUUGACUGUGAGCUGACAAAGUGAUGCUGAGGAAGAGCCGAAAUGCGGCAUCGAGCGAUUCAAAUGUCUGCUGCAGCUGAUUUUGGGGCCAGUGUGCCGGUGUUUUUUUUUAAAUCCGUGCACCGUGAGAUUGUGCCGAAUAACGAGGGACCUCCACAGCUGCCGCUGCUGCCGGUACGUGAACUACUUUAAGUACUGAAGGUAGCAAAAACCGGCUCUGUGUAUCUGCUGAAUUUCUUUAGCUGAUUUCCCUCUCUUGCAUCAAAAUUGAUGCUGCGUGAAGCUGCUGGGCGAUGAUGCAUCGGUGGGGGUUGAAUGGGUGAAUUCGCAUCAUAUGAAGUCUCUGCAUCCUGUUCGGACUAUCCUCAAACGGCAAUGUAAAUUCGAGCAAUUGAGAUAGAUUUUUUUGUUUUUGCUUUGUGAUUAAGAAAUAAAUAAAUUAAUAUGCCUUAUAUCGGCGUGAGGUGUGAGGAUGCCUGUGGCUGUGAUUUUGUCUUUGCUGCUGCGGCACACUCCGGAGCUCCUCAGCUCAAGACAGAUUCAACUUACAUCAACUGAAGAGAAAACAGCAAGCUGGCAAGUGCUGUAUCACCCAACAUAAGUCAUACGAGCCUGUGCAUGUAUGUGGGGAAAGGCCAAGCAACUGAAGAGCUCAAGGGAGGCAUCUAUUACGCUGAGGCUGCUGGGCUUCCCAAGAACUGCCACAUCCCCAAAUUCGUCUGAGGACUGCUGAGAGCUUACAAGCCUCCUGAUGAUUCUUGGAGGGCAGCCCUGAUGCAUCUUGUGAGUGUGAAAACUCUAAGAGCCUUUUGCCAGUUUUGCAUCGCCAGACAGGAGACAGAGCAGACGGUAACUCUGUGUGUGUCAUGUUAGAGGCUGGACUCUUGCCUGCUCCCACUAACUCUCAGCCAACAUCUCUGACCUGCCCUGUCUGAGCCCUUUGUAUGAGCAUCUCUGCGUUGCCACAACAGCACAACGGGGAAAUCGUGUCCAACAGCACAGGUAGUUUGUAGACAUUCCUGUUUGUGUGACUUCCCUUCACCUUUGACUCUCAGAAUAAGACACAGCAGAGAGCACAGUCAGGAUGCAGGUGUCUUUCGCAUGCACUGAACACAACCUGAAGAGUCGCAGUGAGGACCGACUCUGUGGCCUUCGCACUGCUCCACCUCCUGGAGGAAGCAGUGGAGGAGUUGGGGGAAGUAGUGGAGGGGGAGGCGGUGGCGGGGGUGGUGGAGGAGGAGGUGGUGGAGGCAGUGGAGGAGGAGGUGGUGGACAAGGGAAUAAUGGCAACUACAUGUCCCAAGGCUCUGUCAAGACCAGGGAGGGUCCAGGGUCUCGUCAGACUCAACAGGGCCAUGCACACAUGAAGGAGGCCAUUGGGCGCUACACCAGUAUGAAGUACAGGAACCUGGGAAAGUCAGGUCUACGUGUGUCUUGCCUUGGGUUAGGCACUUGGGUGACAUUUGGGUCACAGAUCUCAGAUGAGAUGGCUGAAAACCUGAUGACCAUAGCUUAUGAGAAUGGAGUGAACCUGUUUGACACGGCAGAGGUGUACGCUUCUGGAAGAGCGGAAAUUACUCUAGGGAACAUUGUCAAAAAGAAAGGAUGGAGGCGCUCAAGUUUUGUCAUCACUACAAAAAUUUAUUGGGGAGGCCAAGCAGAGACUGAGAGAGGACUCUCCAGAAAGCACAUUAUUGAAGGUUUACGAGGUUCUCUAUCAAGACUCCAGCUAGAUUAUGUGGAUAUAGUUUUUGCUAACAGAAAUGACGUUAACAGCCCGAUGGAAGAGAUUGUUCGGGCCAUGACGUUUGUAAUAAACCAGGGUAUGGCCAUGUACUGGGGGACGUCACGCUGGAGUGCGAUGGAGAUUAUGGAGGCAUACUCAGUUGCACGCCAGUUCAAUCUGAUACCACCCGUGUGUGAGCAGGCAGAGUAUCAUUAUUUCCAGAGGGAUAAAGUUGAAGUGCAACUUCCAGAACUUUACCACAAGAUCGGUGUGGGAGCAAUGACCUGGUCUCCACUUGCUUGCGGAUUAAUCACAGGGAAGUACAGUGAUGGUGUGCCAGAGUGCUCCAGAGCAGCAAUGAAGGGAUACCAGUGGCUGAAGGAGCGAGUGAACAGUGAGGAGGGACGCAGGCAGCUCGCUAAAAUCAAGGAGCUCCAUCUACUGGCAGACAGACUGGGCUGCACUGCUGCACAACUAGCCAUAGCUUGGUGUCUGCGCAGUGAGGGAGUCAGCUCAGUACUUCUGGGUGUUUCCAAUGCAGACCAGCUCAUUGAGAACCUUGGUGCCCUCCGGAUUUUAUCCCAAAUGACCCCUCAAACCAUAACUGAGAUUGAUGCCCUGCUGGGAAAUAAGCCACACGCGAAGAAAGAGUCGCGUGCUUGAAGAUGCAAAUCAAAUGAAGCAAAUGAUGUUUCAAGAAGACGAAGAAGAAGACAUUUGGAAACAUCACUGUUUUGAUCUGCUGUAUACUCAACUUGCAUGUUCUCAGCAACAUUAUGCUUCCAGUAUGUGCGCAUAUCCAUUUUGCGCAGUACACUGUAUCAUGUAAAAAAAAAUAGAGAGAAGAUUUCUCAAUUGUAUAAGAAAAAAAAACAGACCAUAUAUUGCUCACUGUUGAUUGUUAACAGACUUAAUUCUGUCUAUGUAGAGGGAGGCUGAAACUGGUCAGAGUGACAGGUCUCUGCCAUUAACAGAAACCAAGAGAGGUUUAAAAACGUUCAGCUGCUGUCAAAGCAGAUUGGACUGUUGUUGAUCAAAUGUUCUGGAGCAGAAAAAAACUUCAACUUAACUGCGUGAAUGGUGCUUUCAUUGGACAUGAGUCUCCUCCCUUUGCAGCUGCUUGUUAUUCUGUAUGAUGUGUAGUAACCAGCAGCCAAGAGCCAAAGGUUAGUACUCAUGUGUCUAGCCUCACAUUUCCCAUAACGUGCAUGUGACUGGUCUGCCACGCUCACUGCUUUACAGGGUUGGGAACAAUGGAUUACUUGUAAUCAUAACACUGAUCUGACUGUCGCAGCCAGUCUGGCAUCACAUGGUUGUAAAGAAAUGAUACACAAACUGGCUUAAAUUUGCACAUAUACUAAAAUAAUAAUGUAUUCUAGCACAAAUUCUUCUCACUAAUGUUAAAUAAAUUAUUAGAAUAAUUAUUACUGAAAUCAAUAGUAGCUGAGAUGUUUUAAACUGACUUUCCCAACCCUGCUGCUUUCCCAGCGGUCUUUUUGCCUCGUCUGUUUUUUAAACUGUGCGCAUGUCCCUUUAAGAGAGACUAGCCCUAACAGGGUGUAAAUGUGGCAUGGCUUUUAUGGCUUAUGUAGAUUUGCAGUGCCCUUGUAUGCCUUUUUUUUUUUUUUUUUUUUUAACUUUAAUUGGUCUGGCAGUUUGAUCCAGCACUUGUGCAGCUGGGUUCGUGCUUUGAAGACUCUUAGCAGUCUGCAGACACAACUGUGUCCACCUUACAUAUAAUGUCUAUAUUGUCCUAAACUGUAUAGGAAGAUGUUGAUAAUAUCUUUUAAUGAUCCUGUUCUUAUGAAGGUUGUCACUGUUCUUGAAGAGGACAUUUGAGAUUUUUUAGUUAUAUAUAGAAAGGUCACUGGUCAUUUGACACAAACAUUUGGACACUGUGGUUAAAAACUGUGGUUUUCCAAUCAUAGGAAAUAAAUAAGUCUGAGUUUAAUCAAUGUGAUAAAAGGUCACUUGGGUAAAAAUUUAGCAAAUGUAUUUUCCUCUUUUUUUGUUGAAAUUUAAAAAUAUAGCUUCUCUGCUCAUUCCUCUGGGAGUAUUCUCUAUCAUGCAUUCCCUUGUUUCUUACUCACAUGCACGAUAAAUUUUAUACAAUGUCACUUUAUGUCCUUUUUCUUUAGUUUUGUUGAUUUAUUACUUUGUAAUAUGUAGGAGAGAAUUUCCCCCCUUGUGAUUCCCUGUGAAAACAGCACAAUAUUUUUAAAAACAUUAAGGAGUUGUAGCUGACACAAGUUAAAUUGUACUGUAAAUAGGAUUUCCUGUUUGGAAGUGACAUAAGAUAAAAGCUGACCUCAUGGAUCAUGAAAGUUUUCCUGAAGAAGCCAGUGAGGCAUCACUCUUCUCUGUGACAAUGUACAGUUAUACAGAGUCAGUUCUAGUGUACAUAGAUACUUCAAACAUUGAAAAUGUAAAUUUGCUCACAUAGCUUAUAUUUUAUUGUCUUGUAACAACAGAAACCAAAAAGGAGACAACUCAUACUGAAUGUAUCAUGUCUGUUCCCAAAAAGUGGUUUUCAGGGACAAAGCACAGAAGAUAUUCCAACAACUGUUUAUUGCGGUGUUUCACAAAAUUCUGCAGAGUAGUCAGGCAAAUAUUUACAUAGUAAUUUCUUGCAGGAGACAGUCAACAGAGGUUUAAUGGACACCCACUUUAUUGUUGAAAUUCAGAUAGAAUUUUGUACUUCAUGAUCUGAACUUGAAAACCUGGAGUAGGCAACCAUCCAUGUUAAUAUUGGGAAUAAAGUGUUUAUUUAUUUAA